GCUGCCGCCACAACCAUUCUAGUCGCGCGCGCGUGCGCAACCGCUCGGCAUACAUCGCGAUGCGCCCGCGUUCCAAUUACAAAUAGUUCGUCAGUUUCAUUUCUUUUUCUUCUAAAAGUGAAAUAGAAACUGCUUUUAAAUUUUAAAUUGUGCAAGUGACAGUGAAAAGCUUGGACUUUGUCAAGAUGGCGACGGUAAUGCAGAAAAUUAUCUUCGCUGUCCUAGUCCUCCAGUGGGCCUCGGCGGCACCGAGUGACGUCAAACUAGAAGACAUUGCUGAGAUCAGACAAGUGGAAGACAAAGCUGACGUCGCCCCAGCCACUUUACUGGAAGAAAACUCCGACGAUGAGGCAUCGCAGGGCCAACGACGAAAGAGGUGGUACAACUAUUACGGGUUUCCUCCAUUCAAUCCGAUCGGGUUUAGCAGAGACGAUUCAUUAGGCCCCAGCGUUUUCGGAGCACAAGACCCAUUAAUAAACAUACAUAGACGGCUUCAAGAAAUCAACAACAUUGCCAGGCAACCUCCGAUCCCUCAGUUCCCCCCGCCACUGCCACAAUUCCCAGCAUUUGUCCCCAUCAUUUACAUUCCACAAGUGGGUUGUGGUUGCACACCAGAUAACACACCACAGAACCCUUCCACUGACAGGCCCACACCGCCUCAGGGCAACCAGAACACAACUGAUAAUCCUGGCGUUUCUAACAGGUGGCCCGAAAUGGAUGAUGAGCGGCAGAACUGGGGGAUCGUAAUGAACGGAACAGAGCCUGUUGAGGAGCCGGUAGAAGAUGUUGGUGAUGGUAGCAGACCGAUUUCGUUUGAUCCUAUCACACCUAUUAGACCCAUGAAUCGACCUGCACCGCCGGUGGAACAUGGCAGCAGUCAAGCAGGAGACGCCAAUGGUGGGACGACUACAACUACUACUGCAAGACCAGCGGCGGCGCCCGGUGGAUUUGCUGGUAGUUCCGGUCUUGCCCCCCCUUCACCUUGUGAUGGCGCCAUAUUAAGCUGUUGUCACCAAGCGCAAGUGACAUACGACUGUUUCGCACUUCAAGGUUGUCCCGACCCGUCCUCCUACGGGAACCCUUGCGACCCUGGAGUAAUUUUCAGGGUCAUUGAGAGGUUUCAAAGGUUUUAUGGUCAGCGAAAUGGAUGAAUUGUAAAUGAGUAGUUUUUUCGAAGUUCAUCUGUGAUUUUUUUAAACAGUGUUUAUUUUAAAAUAGUAUUACGGAUCAAAAUAUCCUGCCAGAGAAAAAAAUCACCAUUACGAAAAGUUUGUACAAAAAAUUUCAGCUAAUCAAAAUACUUACCUGUAAUACCUACAUAUGAAUAGGUAAGAUAAAGUUUUAGAAAAGUGAUCUUUUGAAAUAUGCAGUAACUUGAUGUUUUUUUUGCCUGGCAUUAUGAUAAUUCGCUCUUCUGAAUUGAAAUUAUUUCACUAACAAUCAAUUUGAAUUAUUUAUGAGAACAAAAAAAAUGAUAAAAAUGCUAUUUUUAUGUUUCGGCUAUCUCUACCACGAAUCGAAUAUUAUUUCAGUAAAAUUAAAAUGGUAUGUAUUUCAAUAAAAUAUGGAAUUAAUAGAAGAAUCAGUUUUCAUAGCUAAAAUGAUAAGUGCAGUUCCUACAAUGUAGUUCGUAAGGAAUACUAUGUUUCUUCAACUGAAUCGUACAAAUUUUGCUAGAAUUCUCUUUAAAAUUAUCAAUGGUGGACUUGUAGUGAUCUUUACUAUUAA